GACGCGCGGCUCGGGCUUCCGCCUUGGGGAGCGGGUGGCGGAGCCCCGGACGCGGAGACCUGGGGUCGCUGCAGCUGGGCGGCCCGCGGGCCCAGGGUGGGAAUGCACCGCCGUGGGGUGGGAGCUGGCGCCAUCGCCAAGAAGAAACUUGCAGAGGCCAAGUAUAAGGAGCGAGGGACGGUCUUGGCUGAGGAUCAACUAGCCCAGAUGUCAAAGCAGUUGGACAUGUUCAAGACCAACCUGGAGGAAUUUGCCAGCAAGCACAAGCAGGAGAUCCGGAAGAAUCCUGAGUUCCGUGUGCAGUUCCAGGACAUGUGUGCAACCAUUGGCGUGGAUCCGCUGGCCUCUGGAAAAGGAUUUUGGUCUGAGAUGCUGGGCGUGGGGGACUUCUAUUACGAACUAGGUGUCCAAAUUAUCGAAGUGUGCCUGGCGCUGAAGCAUCGGAAUGGAGGUCUGAUAACUUUGGAGGAACUACAUCAACAGGUGUUGAAGGGAAGGGGCAAGUUCGCCCAGGAUGUCAGUCAAGACGACCUGAUUAGAGCCAUCAAGAAACUAAAGGCACUUGGCACUGGCUUCGGCAUCAUUCCUGUGGGCGGCACUUACCUCAUUCAGUCUGUUCCAGCUGAGCUCAAUAUGGAUCACACCGUGGUGCUACAGCUGGCAGAGGAACACCUGCUGAAGGAAGGGUUGGCGUGGCUGGACUUACAGGCCCCAGGGGAGGCCCACUACUGGCUGCCAGCUCUCUUCACUGACCUCUACUCCCAGGAGAUUACAGCUGAAGAGGCCAGAGAAGCCCUCCCCUGACUGCGUGUGGAACGGCACACAGCAGCAGGCAGGGAGGAGGAGGAGGGCAAAUAAACCUGGGUAGUUUUGUUUAUAAAAAAAAAAAAAAUAGAAAAAAGUUCCAAGCUUUUCUUUCUUCCCCCAUUCUUUUAUUUUUGAAAAGUGCCUUCACAUUGCAUCUUUAUUGGAGAAAACCUUGCUCAUUCAGUAAGGAUAAUCUGAUUAACACAGAAAACGGCAAGCACAUAUAAAAUGAUUUGUGCAUGUCAUCAAGUUCAUGGAAGAGCUGGGCCUGGAAUGCAGGUUGUUUCCUGGCCUGUUUAGUCUUUGUAGCUGUGAGACAUAGAUUACAGCCUAUGCUAAUUCAAACGUUUUUAAUAAAAUGUUCCUUAUCUCAAACUAGCUGGUCCUAAUGGACCAGUAAAUACUAUUCACUCUUUCAGCCUCUUCUGGCUUCCUCUGUAGAGGCUCUAGAUUAUGACAAAGUUAGCUGUGAGUGUGAAAGAAAUAGAAGUCAAUGUCCAAUCGUGGCUAAAUUGAAGGAAAGAAAACAAUGGACUCUGAGGGGAAUCAAAACAAUAGUUAGGGAAUGUUCUAUUUUCUCAAAUUCCCUACUAGCUUUCUCACCCUCCUGUACUAGAUUGCCAGGUCCCUCUAGCCUCAGUAGUGGGAAAGGGAGUCACUUACUGAACACCUACCCUGUCCCAUUUUACAUACAGCUCACUUAAAUUUCACCAAGUAGGCAGCCUUCAGCAUCACAGGUGAUUGAAUCAAAGUAAUUUGCCAGGGGCUGCCAGCUUCAGCUGAGCCAAAGCUGGAGCCUAGGCCCAUUAACCCGAGCCCAUGCCUUCAUGUAUCACUGCACAGUACAGAAUGGCAGCACAUACUGUGUGUAGACAUUUUUCUACACACAUGGUCAGCCAAGAGUAAAAGCUUCUGCAUCAGAAAGCAAGAAUCUCCUACAGCAAGUAGAAGUGAUGAGGGAAGAGGCCAGAGUUAAGGCUCCCAAAGUCGUUACGGUCUUAAGGCUAAGAUCCUUAAAAAGUGCUACCGUACUGGAAAUCUGAACUCAAUGGUUUUUCCAUACUGAGACCCUCACCUUAGCAGGAUAUAGCCUGGGCCCAUCUCUACCUCUGCCUGUCCUUAUAGUACAUGCUCACUCCAAGUUCUGGAAUAGGUCUUUGGAAGCCGCUGAAACUAAGAUGUCACUGACUGCCAAAGCCUUAAAUAAAUGAACCCCAUUUCCAAUGAGAAAACUUGUCCUGCUCUCCCCACCCGGCCCCACCCUUCCACCAUGUUUUGCAAGUCUUUGGCUUCCAGACAAUUCACAGCACUUUCCUUCUCCCUAACAGUUACAGGCCUAGGUGAGGUGUAGUUACCAAGAUGAUCCCAUGCCUCCUUUACACAAGCCCUCCCAUGCCCACAGGCACUUCCUCCUUCUGCCAAAACAAACUUUUAUUGCACCAAAAAGGAAAAAAAAAAAAAGAAAACUUCAUUUAUGUACAGUCAGAUAUAAAGACAUCUCUUUGACUCCUGUGCAUAUAUUUCCUCAACUCAAGAUUAGGGCAUAAAAGUCAGGCUGCUAUGCCAGACAUGCUCUGCCCUAUGGCAGGGCCAAGGAGAGGAUUGUCACUUGAAAGUGGGAACACUUAAAUGGAUGACAGACAACACUGGACCCACAGACCAAGGGCAUUUUUCUAAGCCCUGGAGUAGCUCGAGGAAUGGAAGAGGGAAAUUGGAAGCAGGGUCCCUUUUCAAUCUUCAUGUGAAGAGACCCAGCCUCUUCAUGGGUAUCCAAGAUAAACUUCCGUUCCCCAAGCCCACCAAUCCCUGUCCAGUUCCUUUGCUUCCUGCCCUCCCAAGUAGGACAUUCUCCUUUGUGCCCAGCCCCCCUGUGCACAGAUCCUCCAAGGGGAGUCCCAUGAUCCACAAGCCAGAGACCUUCAUAGCAGCGGGCAGGGCAGGUACACACUAUCCUCUCCCUUAUGCAUGGUUAGACACUGACUGAGGCCCUGCAUCACAAGAAUUGCCAAUACCCACUGGGAGCCAUAACAAUAAAUCUGGAAGUAUGGGGAGAACGUAUCAAAAAGGGGAAGGAUGGAUUCCCUUGAUGCCCAGGAUUACAGGGCAUCUAAAGCACAUUUUUUUUCUGAGCCAACCAGCUAAAGGAUCACUGCAGCUAAAUACAGAGAAGCAACACAGCCAGGCAAACACCCAUCAGAGUCAGUGACGAGCAGCUGGGGGCAGAGGGGAGGCGGAAGAAGGAGAAAGAA